AAUAUGUAAGUCGUGCAAAAUGGGUCUCGUCGACCUUUCAAGAAAUUAACAUUUACAUAAACAAAAUCAAUGUAUAUCUUUCGGCUGUUUAUGUAUGCUUGAAAUGUAUUUUAGCCUUGAUUAAAUGAAUGUCUCAGAACAUCAAGUUUUCACCUCCCGUGCAGGAAAUGAUUACAUAUGUGUAGGUCUAUUUAUAAAUAGGCUCACGUUUCUCACCCCACAUCGCAUUUACAUGAAGCCGGUAUUUGUGGAUGGAAAUAUGGUGAUGUAGGCUAACCUGUGAGCGAAUCUAACAUAAAAGGGUUAAUGUAUUAUUCGUGUAGAAAAUAUACAAAAGGAAGAAUGUCAAAAUAAUGCUCUUUCACCCAGAAAUGUAGGCCCUUGUGAUUGUCAGUCUGUCCCCCCCCCUCCCCCUCGGCGGAUGGUACAGUCUUGGUUCAUUCAUAAAAUUCUAGCAGAGCAUAAAAGGAGGGGCUUGCAUUCUAGUCGUCCAGUUACCAGGUAUAUACCUGGAGGAAGGACCCGAGCCGUUCUGCCCAGGGGAAGGCCAGAGUCAUAUUUGUCAUUGAUCAGGACUCGUGUUUUCCCCCCCUCGUGAUGUAUCAUAACAACCUGACGCCUGACAUGGAUUCCGUCUCUCCCACCUGCCGGACAGAGUCUCCUGUCGGGACACUCAGCCAGAAGACGCCAGAAGAGGCGAGCUCUCCAGCUUCCUCGUCAGGGAGCAAUGCAAAGGAGCUCUGCCAAGACAUGAGUGUUCAAGACACCCCAUUUGUUCCAACAGUCACUGCAAUUUCCUCUACCCCAGACUUCCAGUGGAUGGUCCAGCCUACCAUUAUUACAUCUGUCUCCCCGUCUCUGGGUAGCAAGCAAGCCAAUGAACCACAAAGCUCUCACCAGGCAACACCCAAAGAGGGCGGGAAUAAGGGAAAGAAUGCUGUCAGAAAAGGGAAAACAGAGCAGCUGUCUCCAGAGGAGGAAGAGAAAAAGAGGAUAAGGAGGGAGAGGAAUAAAAUGGCUGCAGCAAAGUGUCGCAACAGACGGAGGGAACUCACAGACACACUGCAAGCUGAGACAGACAAGCUGGAGGAGGAAAAAGCAGCCCUGGAAACCGAAAUCGCCAACCUCCUCAAAGAGAAAGAACGGCUGGAAUUUAUCCUUGCCACACACAAACCGAUGUGCCAGAUAUCAGAAGAGCUGGAGUCUAUUUUCCAGGAGCCCACGGGGUCCCCAGAACUACCGCCCAGUCCAGACGAGGACAGACUUCCAGAGGAUGGCACCCAGGAAAGUCCGUCGCUCCAGGACAUGGACAUCCCCAGUGAUCCGUCCACAGCCAUCUCUGGGAACUCCAAUAUCUUGCUGUGUGCCAGCGCUGAAAUCAACAUCUGCGAUCUUGAGCCCACUCUGGACAUUAAGGAGGGGCUACUGGAAAAUAUGUUGCCCAGCUUAGAGGAGAAAACCCCUUUGGAGACCGCUCGAUCCGUGCCAGACAUAGAUCUGAGCAGUUCUCUGGGGGUCUCGGACUGGGAGACCCUGUACAAGUCGGUUUCCAGCGACCUGGAGCCUCUCAGCACUCCUGUGGUGACCUCCACCCCCACCUGCAGCAGCUACCUGUCUGUGUUCACCUUUGCAUGUCCUGAGCUGGACUCUCUCACAGAGGAACUAGAGAGCCAUAAAGGUGGAGGGGGAAAAGCUGAAUCAGUUGAUAUCCUCAACUCUCCAACUCUCCUGGCCUUAUAAUGUACAGCGGGUAGUGAUCUGUCUGAUCUCUCUGGGGUUUAUCUAUUUAUUUUUUGUUCCGCAGGUUCCUGACUUUGAAACGAUAACAACAUGCCACAGUAUGCCAUAACACUUGGAGGGAUACAUUCAUGAAAUGUCUUGUGUGUGACUAAGCAAACAUAUAACUUUCUCAACAAUACAUAGCCAACAGAGUGAUGUAGCUAAAAGCAUGGCUUUUACUUUACAGGACAGACUGAAGUCGAGUUUUUCUUUUAAAACGCAUGCUGAGAGAUUCCGUCAAGUUUUCGAAGCUUAUAUAAACAUAUUUAUCGGAUCUGUUACUAGAUCUAAGAUGUAAUGUGGAAUUUAAUGUUACAGUAUGGUUUUGUGUUUUGUUGUUGAUAGUGUAUUGGUAAAUGUUGUAUCUGCAUAUUCAUCCAUGUUAAGUACCUGCGUACCUCAAUGUCAUCAACUGUGGUUUGACCUCAUUGAAAGUUUUCCAUGAAAACAUCCAGUGCUAUAUACUAUAUAUCUUAUCAAGAUGUAACUUAUGAUUUAUUUUUUUACCUUUCAGAUUUUGACUUAUUUGUUAAAUGAGUAAAAUGAGCAUUGAUUGCUUAUCUAUGCUGCUGAAUGAUUACAAUAAAUCUACAUACAGAGUGGGACUUGGUGCUGGCCUUUGCCGUCUGUCUCUGACAAAUUCAUUUCUUCAUCUUUCUUCUGUCAUGCGGAGAAAGAUGAUGAUAGUGGGCUGGAUGUCAGCUUGAUGUAUAUGACCCGAAGAAGGUCAGAUUGUAAGAUUCGACAAUGGAGGGCAGAGAUCAAAUCGU